AUGACCACCAAGUCCGCCGCAACCACUGUUGGGGGGCUCCUUUCGGGCCGCAUCUCGAUCAUCACAGGUGCUUCGUCGGGCCUGGGACGGGCGACCGCAUUAGCAUUUACGAGGCAGGGAGCGACCGUGGUCUGCGCUGACCGGACGCCGUCCCCCCCGAGCUCAGCGAUGCAGCCCACGGAUGAACUCAUCCGAAUGGAAGGGGGUAGGAGCAUCUUUGCCCACACGGAUGUGUCGGACGCGCAGAGUGUCCGGCGCCUAGUUCGAGCCGCGGCGGAGGAAUUUGGACGUGUGGACAUCAUGGUCAACAAUGCCGGCAUCGCCCCCGAGGCGUCUGACGCGCAUCCCGUGUGGGAAACGACAGAGCAAGUCUUUGACUCGACCUGGGGGGUGAACGUGCGCGGCGUGUUCCUGGGCUGCAAGUACGCGGGCGAACAGAUGCUCGGACAACCCCGGAUUGCGGAGCGGCAGAGGAACGGCACCAUCAUCAACCUGGCUUCCGUGCUGGGGGUGUUGGGUAAGCCGGGGACGGUGGCGUACGCGACGGCCAAGGGGGCGGUCAUCGCCAUGACCAGGACAGUGGCGAUGGACUACGCGCCGCACGGGAUCCAUUGCAACUCGAUCCUCCCGGGAUUUACUCGGACUCCAAUGAUUUCAACUAUGACGGACGAUAGUGGAAUAGAGAAGCACGUUGCCGAGUGCCACCCCAUGAGACGACUUGGAGAGCCGCAAGAAAUUGCGGAUGCCGCAGUCUUCCUGGCGAGCGACUUGUCCAAUGGCAUAACUGGGCUUAACAUGUCAGUCGACGGGGGACUCCACUCGCAGCUGAGAGUGUGA